AUGCUGAGGACUGAGAUUAACAGACACCCUUGGUGGAUAUGCGUUGGGCUAUAUUGGGGUGCUUGUUGGGGGCAAAACCCAGUGGGUAGACAGGCAUCUGAUCUUUCAUAUCCUACUGAAUCUUGGCCAGUUGCUCUUGCAUCUGUGCUUGCAGUUGAUCCUGCAUUUCUUUCUGCAUUUGUUCCAAAUCACGCAGAUCGUGGGGUUUGUGAUGUUCGGUUCCUCUCUUUCUUAAGCAGCACCGUUUCAUUAAUUAUUAAAACUAAAAGGGGAAAAAAAAUUGAAUGGCAAUCUGCCAUUUUCUACAAAGAUCAACACAAAUCCCUAACCCCCCAUUCUUUUAUCCCUCAUUUAGCCUCUCUUUCUUCUCUUAAAACCAAGCUCAGAAGCCUCAAUAAUUUCCACCCUAAAGACCUUUCUUUGCUUCAAUUGCAACGAAGAAGAAAAGGCUCCGAUAGCGCACUUGUGAAGGUGUGUAUGGCGUGGAGAGAAACCGUUCGUGGGUAUGCUGGUGUGGAGGAGUGGUGGAGAAUGUGGGUGCAUGGUGGUGCUGAAAAUGGUUGCGGGCUAGGAAAAUUGGGUUUCUGCUUUAGGCCGUUUUGAUUAGGCCCAGGCAGAAAUUGGGCCUUACAAACCCAUCAUUAAUUAGAAUUUGAUUAGAACUCAAUUACUAGAGUAUCUACACCUAUUUGACCCAUACUUUAUUUAAUAAUUAAAUCCUAAUAAAAUUUUAACCAAA